AUGGCGCAGCACGAUCCCGUACCGAAGCGGUGGCUCGCCCGGCGCAAGGAGAGCCGGAUGCACUUCACCAGCCCAGAGGCACUGGCGGAGGUGCAGCGGCAGCUGGCUCAUGCCGUGAUCAGGAGGGUGGUGGACGAAGUGGGUGUGGCAGAAUCCUUCGCCGUCGUGGUGGACGAGACGGCAGACGUGGCAGGGCGCGAGCACAUGGUCAUCUGCCUGCGCUUUGUCACAGAGGCGCUGACCGUCAGGGAGACGUCCAUUGGAUUGUAUCAGGCUGACUCCACCACGGCCGCAGCACUGUUUGGUCUCAUCCAGGAUGCCCUCACUCGUCUUCAGCUCCCGAUGGACCGAAUUCGUGGUCAGUGCUACGACGGCGCUGCCAACAUGGCCGGCGCUUUCCGAGGCGUGCAGGCCAGAGUGAAGGCGGUAGAGCCGCGCGCAGUGUUCGUCCACUGCACGGCCCACCGCCUGAACCUGGUCUGCCAGGAGGCACUGAACGGCGUGCGAGAGGUCCGGGACGCCAUCCAGGAGGUCGGUCGACUGGCAUCUUUUUACCGCGACUCGCCGAAGAGGAUGGUUGCGCUAGAGCACGCUGGAGCCCAGAUGUCCUUGCGUCCGCUGUGCCCCACCCGAUGGACCUGCAGCGAGGCGUGCCUGACCUCCGUGGUCAAGCAGUACGGGCCCCUGGUGACCAGCCUUGAUAAGCUCGCGGACGAUGCUAAGGUGCGUCCGGAAGUGUCAGCCACUGCUAGCGGCUUUGGCAAAACCCUCAGAGACUUUGAGUUUUUCUUUGGCCUGCGCGUUGCUCUGCUCCUGCUCCAGGUGACCACACCCGCCAUGCGCACAAUGCAGGGACAGUCGCAGUCGGUGUCUGCCAACCUGGGGGUUGCACGUGCUGUCAGGGAUGUCGUCCUGUCCCAGCGUGACCGCUUCGAACGCCUUUGGGCGGAGCUGACGUCCGACGCGGAGCGCCUGGGAGUGGGGUGUCCCAGGCUGCGACGCCCGUUUCGACCACCUCGGCGACUGGACGGGGGCUCCGAGCCGCACCAGCAUGCCUGUCCCAAAGGCCGCUACCGCCAGGUGUACUGCGAAGCCGUCGACUGGUUGGCCGGCUCCAUCAGCGGUCGGUUCGACUCAGAUGAGCCCACUUUAGCCACGGCCGAAAAAGCGCUCCUUACGGCGAAAGAGGACGCGCUGGUGGCAACCGCCACCUUCUACAACCUGGACCUGGAGCGACUCCGCCUCCACUGCCAGAUGUUGGUGGAUGUGGCGUCAAGCCAGAGAAAGGCACCACUGACCUCCCUCGACGACGUGGUGGCCCUACUGAGCGAUGAGGGCCUGCGGCAGGUGCUGCCAGCCGCUACCUCAUUGCUGCGUUUGGUCUUGACCGCCCCAGCAACAUCGUGCGCGGCAGAGCGGGCGUUCAGUCUUCUUCGUCGGCUGAGGGAUGGCUGCGCUCUACCCUAG